AUGGCGAAGAAGCGAAAGGCUGCAGUGCAAUUACAAGAGCCUGCAAAUGGCUUGGAAAUCGAUCCGAGAGAAUCGCGCAAACGCAUAAGGACCUACGACGACGUUGCCAACUCCGACGACGAUGAGUUUCAUGGCAAUCAAGACGAAAUUCGGCUAGGCGAAGACCCUGCAGUCAAGAGGCGGAGGGAAAUUGCAGAAAAUGAACAGUUUCUGGAGCAGUCGGACGAAGAAGUGCUCGGAUACUCGGAGGGCGACGAUUCGGAUAUUGUCGACCACGAUGCAUUGGUGGUUCCUGAUCGAGCAGCAUUAGACUCUGAUGACGCAGAUGCUGCUGGUGUGGAUGAAGACGAUGAAGAGGGCUUGAGAUGGGGUACUUCCAAAGAUGAUCUCUAUGGCGACGAUGCGCCCGAGACAGAAGAGCAGGCUUUGGAGCAGGAGGCAGAGGCUAUUCGACUGCAAAAGAAACAGCUUCAGCAGAUGACUGCAGCAGAUUAUGGGUUUGAUGAAGACGAUUGGCAACAGGCAGGCCCAGCGAAGACGACUCAAGAUGCAGAUGAGAGCCCCGUGGUCACAGAAGUGCUCCCUCAGCUACAAAUUUCACCCGACUUGGGCUCUGCUGAGCGGCUUAAACUUCUGAAGUCUCGCUAUCCCGAGUUCGAGCAUUUGAGCAAAGAAUUGCUGCGCUUGCAAAACGUCUUUGAGGCUUUGCGCAAGAUCGCAACAAAGUCUGCUGUGUCACGUACAAAGCUCCGAGCUGCAUCCGCUUAUCUUGGAGCGCUGGUGAUGUACUUCUCUCUGAUGACAUCUACGGCAUCUAAAAGUGACGAAAUGCCCAUGGCAUUGUCUGCUCACAAGUUGCACGAGCAUACUGUGAUGGAUAGUCUUGUGAAGUGCCGAGAACUUUGGACGAGCGUCGAGACUUUGCAGGAGCCGUUGCCUGUAAGCAGUGACAAGGACGAAGACGCUUUAGACCAGGUCUCUUCUGAUGAGGAAAUGGAAGGCGCACAGGAACCAGUGGUCAGCCUCGCGAAACGAGAAGGAAAGAAGUCUCGAGCUGAGCGAUACGCCGAUGCUACUCGUGAGGCGGCUGAACAACGCAAGGCUGAGCGCUUGAAGAGAACAGAAGCACACUUGGCCGAACUCGAUGCUGCGCUGGCGCCCUCCAAGAAGAAGACGACCAAGACGGCUCGCAAGAGGCAGGCUACCGCUGAUGAUUCGGAUCUUGGCGAGGAAGCUUCGCUUACAGCUCGUGAAGCAGCAGACAAGACGCUCAAGAAGAAGAGCUUGCGAUUCUACACAUCACAAAUUGCACAGAAAGCCAACAAGCGUGGUACUGCAGGACGCAACGCUGGCGGCGACGAUGACAUCCCGCAUCGGGAAAGAUUGAAAGAUCGCCAAGCCAGACUUAACGCCGAAGCUGAAAAGCGCGGUAGGCGUCCUUAUGGCCACCCUGAUGCCGACCUUGGAGGCGAUAGCGACGACGAGGAUCGUCGGCAAGCUCAGCAAAUUCGCGCAGAUGCCGAUGAAAACGACUAUUACGACCUUGUAGCUGCACGAACGGCGAAGCGAAAGGGCGAGAAAGCCGCUUUGGCAGAAGCUCAAAAGCAAGCCUCGCUGCAAGGCGGUAGGGUUGUGCAAGAAGAGACCGUCGGCGAAGACGGCAAGCGCAAGAUCAGCUAUGCCAUUGAGAAGAAUAAAGGCCUCACUCCUCAUCGGAAGAAGGAUGUUAGAAACCCGAGAGUGAAGAAAAGAAAGAAGUUUGACGAGAAGAAGAAGAAAUUGGCUUCCAUCAAGCCCGUGUACAAGGGCGGUGAGGGUCGAGGAGGCUAUGGCGGAGAAUUGACUGGUAUCAAGAAAGGCUUGGUGAAGAGCACGAAGCUGUCAUGA